AUGGCUUCUCUCUUACAUGGGGAAGGAAGUAGUACUAAUGAGAGUAAUAUUGAUGAGUUAUCUGAAGCUCAAUCUCAUUUGUACAAACAUAUGUUAUGUUACACAAAUUGCAUGGCUUUAAAAUGUGCAAUUGAGUUAGGUAUACCAAACAUAAUCAACAACAACAAAAAUGGCCAACCCAUCACUCUUUCCCAAUUGGUCCAUGCCCUUCAAAUUCCUUCUUCCAAAACUAGCUCCCUUCGCCGUCUAAUGCGAGUAUUAGUACAUUUCGGUUUCUUCACAUCAAAGAAAGAAGAAGAAGAAGAAGAAGAUGCAUAUGGUCUCACAACUUCAACUAAAUUACUUGUGAGUAAUAAUAAUAAUAAUAAUAAUAAUGAUGAUGUCUCAAGCUUAUCCCCUUAUGUUGUUGGAGUGCUUGAGCCAGCUAUGGUAACUCCAUUCCAUUUUCUUGGAAGUUGGUUCAAGAAAGAUGAUGCAACAACACCAUUUCAGUUAGCUAAUAAUGGAAUGAAAUUUUAUGAGUAUUGGGAGAAGAACACCCAAUUCGGUGAUAGGAUGAAUGAAGCAAUGGGUAGUGAUUCAGGAAUGUUGAAGUUGGUUUUUAAUGCAAUGAAUAAAGAUUUAUUCAAGCAUGUUUUUGAGGGAAUAAUAACUUCACUAGUUGAUGUUGGUGGAUGUACUGGAGAUGUAUGCAAGAUUCUGAUGGAAUCUGUUUUACGUGGUUGUAGUGAUGAGGAAUGUGUGACAAUACUGAAAAAAUGUAAAGAAGGUAUUUGUUACAAUAAAGGAGGAAAGGUAAUGAUAAUAGAUAUUGUGAUAAAUAGCGAUGAAGAUGAGAAUGAAGUAUUGGAAGCUAAGCUUUCAUUCGAUUUGUUAGUAAUGAUUCUUUUCGCAACUGGGAAAGAGAGAAGCCAAAAGGAUUGGGAAACACUCAUCUUCCAAGCUGGUUUCACUCGCUACAAAAUUACACCCUUGUUUAGUUUGAAGUCACUAAUAGAGCUUUUUCCUUAA